UUAGCGGAAGCGACGGGAACCGUGUUGUUGUGGUGAGAGCUCGGCUCCGCCGUUGUUUGGUUCUGUGGGUCGGAUUCGAGCUGCGCGGACGGGCAGCGCUGGUUCUGUGGAUGAGAGGGGAGGAGUCUUCGGAUUCUGAGUCGGGGAGGAUGGAGGAGAGUUCGGUCCGGAGGAGUUUGGAGGUGCUGUGUCAGGAGCUCAACAUGGACGAGCAGACAGCCAGUGAGGCCAUGGACAACUUCACCUCCAUAUGGAACACAUACACUCUGGAGGGGGAGGUGGUCCACUGGCUGGCCUGUUCUCUGUACGCCGCCUGCAGGAAGGGGUCCACCCCCACUGUGGGGAAGGGGCUGAUGGAGGGCAACUGUGUGUCCCUGACCCGGAUCCUGCGCUGCUCCAAGCUCAGCCUGAUCCAGUUCUUCUCUAAGAUGAGGAAGUGGGCCGACAUGUCAAACCUGUCACAAGACUUCCGGCUGAGGAUGGACCGGCUGGAGCGAAACUUUGAGGUGUCCACCGUGAUCUUCCGCAAGUUCGAGCCCAUCUUCAUGGACAUGUUCCAGAACCCACAGGGCAGCGAGCCCCCCCGGCAGCCCCGCAGCAGGAAGCACAGACGGCUGCCCUGUCACAUCAGUGAUGUCUUCAAGUUCUGCUGGACCCUCUUUGUCUACACCAAAGGAAACUUCCGAAUGAUCGGCGAUGACCUGGUGAACUCGUACCACCUGCUGCUCUGCUGUCUGGACUUGGUGUUUGGAAACGCUCUGCUGUGUGCAAACAGGAAGGACCUCAUCAACCCGACCUUCAGAGGUCUGCCCCCCCAGUACCGCGCAGACUGCCACGUGGUGCCUGACGAGCCCCCUCCCUGCGUGCUGGAGAGGUUGUGUGAGCUCCACGAUGGGCUGGUGGUGGAAGCCAAAGGCAUCAGGCAGCACUACUUCAGACCGUACAUCCAGAAGCUCUUCCAGAGACAGAUCUUGAGGGGAAACCAGGAGCUGCUGACGGAAAUGCUGGACCCUCAGAACUUCAUAGAUAACAACAAAGCCGUCAACAGGGAGUAUGAGGAGUACGUGCUGACGGUGGGGGACUUCGAUGAGCGCGUCUUCCUGGGAGCCGACGCAGACGAGGAAAUCGGAACGCCGAGGAAGGUCCUUCCAGAUCGCUCUGCCGGUCAGAUGCAGCAACACAGGGAGAAGCCCGCCUCCCUCGCUCCAUCCACCCCGCUGACGGGGCGGGGCUACCUGAAGGAGAAGGACCUGCUCGUCACUCCCGUCUCCUCGGCGACGCAGAGCGUCAGCCGGCUGCAGAGCAUGGUGGCGGGUUUGAGGACGGCCCCCAGCGAAAACCUGAUGCAGAUCUUCAGAACCUGCUCCAGGGAUCCCACUGGUUCCGUUCUGGCCCGAGUGAAGACUCUGGGUCAGACCUUCAAGGAACAUUACACCAACGACUCGGAGGACACCCCGGGUUCUCACAUAGACUUUGCAGAGAACCGCCUGAAGCUGGCUGAGAUCCUCUACUACAAGGUUCUGGAGAACGUUCUGGUGCAGGAGACCAAGCGGCUGCAGGGCAGAGACAUGAGCGCUCUGCUGGAGCAGGACAUCUUUCACUGCUCGCUGAUGGCGUGCUGCCUGGAGGUGGUGCUGUUCUCCUACAGCUCGCAGAGGACGUUCCCGUGGAUCAUCGACGUCUUCAAACUGGCCCCGUUUUACUUCUUUAAGGUGAUCGAGGUGUUCAUCCGCUCUGAGGAGGGCCUGUCCAGAGACAUGGUGAAGCACCUGAACUCCAUUGAGGAGCAGGUUCUGGAGAGCAGAGCGUGGACCGAAGAUUCUGCGCUGUGGAGCGCCCUGAAGGCUGCAGGGAACGAAGUUCCCUCCGUGGAGGAGGUCAACUUCUCCUCCUGUCUGGACUCGGGUUCCUCUAACGGCAUUCAGCCUCACCUGCCGCUGGCGGCCCACUCCCCCAUCAUCCACCCCCGCAUCCGGGAGUUCAGGGCCGGUUUGGGGAGCGCGCGGAAAGAGGUGCCCCCCUCUCCGCUGUCGGUUCACGACAGGUACAGCUCCCCGGCGGCCGGGAGCGCCAAGCGGCGUCUCUUUGGCGACGACCCUCCGGCUCCGUCUGUGGGCCUGACCUCCCCCGCGGGGCCGCUGCCCUCCCCAGCCAAGAAACUGACCUUCAGCUCAAGCGGCAGCACAACGCUCAAGAUCGGUGGCCAAGGAGCUCAGACGACGGUCGUGAGUCUCCCACUGCAAGGCAUGAGCACCGACCGCACCUUCACCCUCAUCCCCGUGUCUUCCUGCGAUUCCUCCGGAGUGGUGACCGCCCAGUUCCUGCUGACGUCGUCCCCGAGCCGACCCGCCGCCGCUGUUGCCAUGACGACCGAGCCGUACACGGGAAGCGGCCGGCCGCGGCGCACGGGAUCGCUCGCCCUGUUCUUCAGGAAGGUGUACCACCUGGCCAGCGUGCGGCUCAGGGACCUGUGCAUGAAGCUGGACGUCUCCUCGGAGCUGCGGGGGAAAAUCUGGACGUGCUUCGAGCACUCGCUGGUCCACUGCACCGACCUGAUGAAGAACCGCCACCUGGACCAGCUGCUGCUCUGCAGCAUUUACAUCAUCUCCAAGAUCACCAAGGAGACCCACACCUUCCAGGACAUCAUGAAGUGUUACCGCAGCCAACCGCAGGCCAGCAGCUAUGUGUACCGCAGCGUGUUGAUACGCCGCACGCCCAAAGAGCUGUCCGCCGAUGAAAACAUGGAGGAGGGUUCUGCCUCCGAGGAGGAGUCUGCAAGGAAGAGCAGCCAGCUUCCAGGAGACCCGCCUCCCGUGGAGGAGGAGCGCGGCGACCUGAUCCAGUUCUACAACACCGUCUACGUGGUGAAGAUGAAGAGCUUCGCUCUGCGAUACGCCGCCAGCGAUAACCAGGCGGACGCGCCGCCGCUCUCGCCAUUCCCGUCGGUGCGGGCCCAGCCGCUGUCGCCGCGGCGAGUCUCUCAGAGCCACUCGCUGUACGUGUCCCCCCACAAGAACUCCCCCGCCUGCUUCUCCCCCAACUCCUACACCUACAGGAUCAACAGCAGCCCGUCCAAGGAUCUGUCAGACAUCAACAGGAUGAUCCGGCAGGGCUCUGCCAGCAGGAAGAGGGCCUUCACCAUGGAGGGGGACGUGACCAUGGCGUCCGCGUGCGACUCGCCAAGUAAGAGGGCGUGUCCGGAGAACGGCGGCAGCCCGGACGUGCUGCUGAAACGUCUGCAGGACGUGGUGUCGGAGAGGCAGAGCCACUGAAGUCCUGACGGGAGGAGCAGAGUCGGCAGAAGACAUCCGUGGAGGUUUCUGUCCUUCAGUGGCCUGAUUGGUCUGCAGGAAAGACUCAUGAGCUGAAGCUGUCACCAGGGGGCGCUCCCGCUCACAGCGUUGGGGGCCGUCGCUCGUCUUGUUCUAGUGCAGUUGGAAGAUGGUCGGACUGAAGCGCCACGUGUCGCUCUUUGUGGUGUAGAUUGUAGGUCGUCGUCGAGGAGAAACCGUCCUUCACCACAUCUGUCAGUUUUUAACCCAAUAUUCUCACUUUUCAGAGGAAAGAUGCUCCUGCAGGUUAGAUUACCUGCGGCUUUUCAUUUCUUUGAUCACUCAUUUAGAUCUCCCCCUUUGCAUUUACUGAAGUGAAGCACAGGUUGCCAUGACAACAGCAGACCGGUGGAAGUUUUACUGAUGAGUAUUUGAUUCCUUCAUAAACUGGUGACAAGAAAACAAAAAAACUCAAUUUUAAAACAUUUUUAGGUCUUAAAACAACGUCUGAACCUGUGAAUAUCUUCCUCUGAUGGUCUUCCUCACUGUUUUUGUAAAAAGUCAGUUUAAAAGUAAUUUUAUUUUAACCUUUUCUCUGUUUGUUUGUGACUUUAACCAUUUUGUUGUAAAUGUAGUGAAGAAAAUCACUGCAGAGGUGUGUGUGUGUGUGCGUGUGUGUGCGUGUGUGCCUGUGUGUGUGUGUGUAGCAUCUACACACCUGGUUUUAUUCAGUUUAAGAUUUGAUGACACCUGUUUUUCAUACAUGGAACAAAAUUCUGUCAGAAACUGAACAUUUUUUGAAGUCUUUCUGUUUUGUCCUGAGAAAACAGAAAUACAGAAAAUCUGUUUCAAUUAUGGAAAAGAAGCUGUUUCUCUGCAAACUACAAUCGUGUUCAGUUUGAAAAAAAUAAAAUGUAUGUUUUAUUA